CAGCGGAUUAUAAGCGCUGCGAGGUUGCUUGUGUUAGAUUUUUAAACCCUUGGGUGUCGGGUUACUCAUGACUUCCCUCACAGUCUCUCCGGGUUUGGCGUCUCAAUCCCGGCAAUUUGUCUGCUUUGUCUCGCGCUCUAACGGAAGCAGGUACCAUUUACGCUCCCUUGGCUCAUCUUUUUCACGGUUCUUAUUUUCAACCCUGGAUGUUCAGUCAAACCAUUUGAAAGAGGAACCAGCGGUAAAUCAAAUCAAGGAUCAAUCGGGUCUCGACGAACGUUGUGUUCUGAACGAACUUUCUGAUCUUUUACAAAUAUCUUGUAAUAAUUCAGUCCCGAAUUUGUAUAAAGAGAGUGAUUCAGUGAAACAAAUAGACAAAAGAGUCGUCGAUGGUUUUUUAUUGCCUGAUGAGAAAUUAAGAGGGGUUUUUCUUCAAAAACUGAGGGGAAAAUUUGCAAUAGAAGAUGCUUUAACAAAUGUUACUGUUGAUUUAAGUCUUGAUGUUGUUGCCAAAGUAGUGAAUAGAGGUAAUUUAGGAGGUGAAGCUAUGGUUAUGUUCUUUAAUUGGGCAAUUAAGCAGCCAAAUAUUCCUAAAGAUCUUCAGAGUUACAACAUUAUUGUUAAGGCACUCGGUAGGAGAAAAUUUUUUAAUUUUAUGAUGGAUAUUUUGCAUGACAUGGUAAAGGAAGGAGUAAAACCUGAUCUAGAGGCAGUAUCUAUAGUUUUGGAUAGCUUUAUUCAGGCUCGCCAAGUGUAUAAAGCUGUACAAAUGUUUGGAAAUUUGGAAGAUUUUGGGUUGAAAUGUGAUACAGAGUCUUUGAAUGUGAUGUUAAGGUGUUUAUGUAAACGGUUACAUGUAGGAGCUGCAAAUUCAUUUUUCAAUUCAAUGAGAGGGAAGGUGUUGUUUGAUGGUGAGACAUAUGAUAUAUUAAUUGGUGGGUGGUCAAAACUUGGUAAUGUCAAUGAGAUUGAGAGGGUUCUGAAGGAAAUGGUAGUGGAAGGUUUUUGUCCUGAUACUUCAACUUUCUGUUAUCUUAUUGAGGGCUUAGGAAGAGCUGGUAGAAUUGAUGAUGCCAUUGUGAUUUUUAAUUCUAUGAAGGAGAAAGGCUGUGGACCAGAUACAAAUGCAUACAAUGCAUUGAUUUCUAAUUACAUUUCAAUUGGAGAUUUCGAUGAAUGUAUGAAGUACUAUAAGACUAUGUUGAGCAAUAAGUGUGACCCAAAUAUUGAUACUUAUACAAAAUUGAUUCAGGGGUUGCUGAAGGCCCGAAAGGUUGCUGAUGCACUUGAAUUGUUUGAAGAGAUGUUAGAUAGAGGGAUUGUUCCAUCUAUGGGGACUCUAACCUCUUUCCUUGAACCCCUGUGUAGCUUUGGUCCACCCCAUGCUGCUAUGAUGAUCUAUAAGAAAGCAACAAAAGCUGGUUGUAAACUAUCACUCUGUGCUUAUAAGUUAUUGCUUAUGCGGCUUUCCAGGUUUGGGAAAUGUGGAAUGCUUCUAGAUUUAUGGCAUGAGAUGCAAGAAUGUGGCUAUUCUUCUGACUUGGAAGUCUAUGAAUAUGUCAUUAGUGGACUUUGCAGUGUAGGUCAGCUUGAAAAUGCUGUACUUGUCAUGGAGGAGUCUUUGCGCAAGGGUUUUUGCCCAAGCAGGCUUGUUUACAGCAAACUUAGUAAUAAACUACUUGCUUCAAACAAAUUAGAGAGAGCUUAUAAACUAUUUUUGAAGAUCAAAGCUGCUCGUCGUACUGAAAAUGCUCAAAGGCUAUGGCGUGCUAAAGGCUGGCAUUUUUGAGCUGCUAUGAGUUUCACUUGCCAGUGAAGCAUUGCAGAUUUUUAAAUUAUUUUUUUCGGCAGGUAGUUAUCUUGCCUGCAAAUAUGGUGCACUGUAUUAUACAUAUGCAGCUGAAUUAAACAAGUGGCAGCUUUGAUACAUAAUGUAAAAUGCACAUAAAUGCAUUGUGAUUGUAGAGGUCAGAAAAUUGACUCUCACCAUAUUGUCAUUCAGAGGAAAGGAAUGAAGCUUGGAUUUUCGUUAUGUGCAUUCUAUUAUUUCCUUGUUGCUGAAAGCCUGCGGCUAGUUCAUUUGUUUUUUCUCUCUUUGCUGCAUCUGACUUCUUGCACUUCGCUCUGUUACUGGAUUUGAUGUCAAACUUGUUAUGCAGGAAAUGGGGCCAACAGUAAAUAUCGCGAUUCCUAUCUGAAUGGCCUUCAGUGCUGACUCUGGUAGAAGAGAAACCAAAUACAGAACUUUGUAAGAUCAUUCCUGAUGCACACUUCCAAGUUGGCAUGAGUAAAAUUCCAUUCUUAUAGAUUCUCAGUCUGCUUACAAGAACUGGUGAAUCAUAAUGCUUGAGAAGGAGAAGAGUCGCCAAAUGAGAAAAAUUGUCAAAGCAGAGUGCUGGUGUCAUGGCACCGAUUUCAAGCUGGACGAGUUGAUCCUUCUUCAACUCGAGUUUGAUUUAUUUGAGUCAAACAUCAAAUUGGUUCGGUUCAAAUCUACAUAUACUUUUUCAAUAUGUCUAACUUCCCCUCUCAGAAUCUGUGACGCUGGGUUGCAAGAUAAUUUUUUUCCCUCUACUUGGUAAUUUGUUAUGAGUCAUGACAAUGGGAAAUGCUAGUUUGAUUGAAGAAUUUAUCUUGACAGCACA